GGUGGAAGUGUAGCAUUACAAGUUACAGGCAGUCGCAUUUCACAUGCCGUAACGUGAAGUUCAGGGUAAAUAAACGCAGUAGACCACUUGUACGUUGAAAUGCACCGUGCACUCGGUAGUUAAGUUCAUUGUGAAAAUGGGUGCUGAAAUUGCGUAUUCUACGUCUGGGAUCUGGAACGGAUAUCUUUAAACUUGCAGACGUCGUUACGUAAUUGUUUACAGUACUUCCGAACGCGGUUAACAGCGUAUGGUUAAGCCUACGUGUUUGUGUGUUUAUAUAGCUGUUGCUUUCUGUCGGAAUUCAGUUGGAAUUAAUGGUAAAUGGUUUUGGAGAGACAACAACAAAAAAGAAAGAGAUAGAGUGACGUGCACCUGUUCGCUCCGAUGAGGCACUAGAGGAAAGCUACGCCCUCAGUCAUGGGCACGGGGGAAAAGAUAGCGGUCACUCUGGCCGGGGGCGCUCCCUGGGGAUUUCGACUCAUGGGAGGAGAGUCGAUGCCCCUCAUAGUAUCUAAGAUCAGGAAAAAAAGUAAGGCACAUUCAAAUGGCAUUAAAGAGGGGGACGUCAUUCUCUCCAUUAAUGGAGAGUCUGUUUCCGGUCGGACACACGACGAAUCCAUGGCAAUGGUGGACGCUUCCGGUGAUGCUCUUGUUUUGGAAGUAUACAGGGGAGACAUUCAAGAUCUGGCAACAGUUGCACCUUCGUCUGCUGUGGUGAACGGAACUUCUGAAUCUGGCACCUCCCAGUCUCAGAAGGUCACCAAACAGGACAGCGUGGCAUCGUCACAGUCGUCGUCCCAGACCAUCGUGGACGGCAACACGACGACGAAGGUCGAGACGCAGAGCUGGGUGCAGCAGGGUAAGACGAGCACCACCACAGCAUUCGUGAAGAGAGAGGAGACGGUCUCCAGCGAUGCUCCUGCUCCUUCUCAGAGUCCUGUUCCAUUCACGGUGGACUCGCAGUUCAUGAGCCAACCGUUCACAUCAAAGCCAGUGCACGUGCAGGUCUCGGCGAUGUUCAGUGAUCACAGUGACGACAUGAAGGAAAACGUGGCUCCCAUCAGAAGCUCCUCCUCCCAGAGGAAAGCCGUACCGCAGUUUAAUGUGAGGAAAAUUACGACUUCGCAGGAAAACACGUGGCAGCCCACUGACAUGUUCGCGGCAAAACAACAGAAAAACCUUCAGGAGAAACAACAGUAUAUGCAACAGCAACAACAGCAGCAGCAGCAACAGCAUAAUGUGUGGCAGAACCAACAGCACCACCAGCAAUACCAGCAACAGCAUUAUCAGCAGCAACAGCAGUAUAACCAACAGCAACAGCAGUAUAACCAACAGCAACAGCAGUGGCAACAGCAACAGCAAUGGCAACAGCAGCAGCAAUCAUGGAAGCCUGAACGACAGGAGGAAUGGAAGCCGAACAUAUGGCAGCCGGGUCAGGAUCCUCCGUCAACUGAGGAGCCACCGGAGGAGCCAAGGCUGUCUAUCCAGGAGAUUCAGAAGAAGCUCCUGGCGCCCAAGCCGGUGGUCAAGUCGUUCCAGCCCUCCCAGCCCCUGAGACAGGUGGACGUGAACAACCUGGAUGGUCAGCAGCAGGAGGAGGUGAGGUCGCCGCACAGACUGCCCGUGUUCGCGCCGCAGGUACAGAUCACGCUGGAUCACGACAGCGCAGAGUCCGAUAUCUCUUCCCCAAGCUCAUCGCUUAGUCACAAGAAGCUCUACUCGGAUUCAGCAUUCUACGAUGACCCCCAGCACAACUACCCGACGAUUCAGGAACAGAUGAAGUUAUGUAAAGCGAUCUCUCUGUCCUUGACCUCCGAGAUCAACAAGAAGGCGCGCGGUGCGUCUAUGUUUGCCAAGCGGCAGAAGAAGUCUUCCAAGUGGAUUCACGACGGCGAGAGGUCCUCUUCGCACGGCGCCGCAGACGACAUUGCCUUCCUGUCCGACUUGGAUAGCGAGCUGCACGUCACUGAGGGCGGCACGAAGCCUCUCUUUUCCUUCCGGAUACCGAAAGUGAAGCACCGGAUCCCGCCUCCGGAGGUGGAGAGCAAGAUGGCGCUCUCCAAGGAUGAGUUUGAGAAGCUUCGGCUGAACGCGAAGCGUUGCGAGCAUCACUCGGUCGCUCCCAACCAGUGUUUUGACCUGGCGCAGAGUCUCAAGUCCAACAAGGGCAAGGCUGGACGACUCUUCGAGAAGAGACGCGCCCGGGCCGAGAAGUAUGUGGUGGACGAAACGAACGUCAAGAAACCCACGAAGGCUCCGUCCAACAAGCUGGAGGACAUGCUUAACCUGCAGUGUAAGCCGGCCCUGUCGCCGUGGGAGGCAGCCAUGAAGAAUCCCGCGGGGGAAGUGGACGGAGCCUUUGAUCACUUGUCCGAAUACGAACGGUUGCAGAAGCUGAACCAGAUGUUGAAGUACCAACCUCCAGAGGUGCCCAAGCCAGUGCAACAGCCCGAGCCCACGCCCAUGCCGAUACCCAGGGUUACUCAUUUGGCAGCGGAUCAUCAUUUGAAGCUUCUACAGGGCAAAGACUUCAACAGGAAGGCCAAGGGAUGGACGGGCUUUCAAGAGGACUCCGAUGAUGUAAACGAGGUCCUACAGCCAUCCCAAAUGAUACCCGCGAAGGCAGCACCCCCGCCAGUGGCACCUAAGCCAGGACCUCCGCCCGUGCACUACGGCGACUACAACCCUAAGAUCAAGGCGUGGCAUUCCCCUGAACCCUCCAUGUCAUCCCCCUCAGAAUACGGCGGCCGUGUCUGGACACCGACUAGCAAUGACUCAUACUACAUGAACGGCAGUAGUGGCGCCUCACCCAACGUCUUAUCCCCCACCGGUUACCACCCUCCUCCUGGAGGACUAUACAGCGCACAGCCUAUGUCCCCGGAACCACACUACCAGCACGUGCACAAUGGGGGUUACGCCGGGUAUGCGCAGGAAGUACUUCCGGGGUCAGACUUGUGAUAUGCGUGUGAUGAUGGGUACUUUUAAGUGUGCAAUCAUUUUGUUUUUUGUUUGAUGGUCACGGUUUUCGUUUCCCUUUUCGUAAAAAAAAAAGGGAGGAAAAGAAAAAUAGAAAAAUACAUUGAGCGUGGAGGAUUGAACGGUGAACUAAAGGAAAUUGGUCAAUGGUUUUGGCUUCUAAAUUCACGGGCUCUCUCAUUCAUACGAUGUUACAGUAAAGGUCAAUUGCUGUUUAGAACAAUUUAUUUUCAACCAUUGUGGGCUCAUCUUGAGAUCUUGUUGGGCGCCCAUUUUUUAAUCUACAAUGGCAUCAGUAGAAUACCACAGCGCAUUAUUAAAAUAAUAGGAAUUAGCUUAAUUUGUGCAGAGUUGAGUAUCACUGAGUCUCUUAUGGAUAUAUAGCUUCAGUUAUAAUUUGGACUGUCCAGAAAGUGAAGGUUAGCGGAGUCUAGCAUUUUGGCGCCAAAACCGGUGAUCGAUUCUCUUUAAAACUGUUGGCGAUCUUCUGCUAGAACUGGGUAACCGCCAUGCCCUUUGACCUCGCUGGGUAUAUGUGUACAUCAGAGUUCAACUGCCAUUAUUUAUUUGUGUUCCGUCUUUUUUGUUUUGUUUCUUUUGUUUGUGUUGUUGUUGUUUUUUUCUUUCACGUGCAGACAUAGUCCUUCAAGACAUUCGCGGUUGUCUGAACAAGUUUCAUUUAGUUUCCAUGGCAACGAGAAACAGACAGUCGGUACAUACUUAAGCGUUCCGCAACAUUGGCACAGAGACCCGUGAAGAACACGGUUUUCUGACAUGACCAACGUAUGGGUUUCAGUGGCUGAGGAGGAAUGUUCGCCCCUAAACAACGUGUCAGAAGACGUUUCGUCAUCCUACAGAUUCUCGCAAUAUCAAAGAACGGUGCUUUUGUGCGUGCUGUGUGUGUUUGUCCGUGGCGAUAUCUGAAUACUGCGAUGUGCUUUCUUUCUCUCCCAUAGUGUGUUCUUGCUUUAGCUGGUGAUAUAUAUAUAUUGUACUAGUACUUGAUACAGCACAUUUCACCGACAGCAGCCGGAGGUGUUCGGUUGCCAUGGAGAAGACUAACGCGCUCUAUCCAAAUAAGGAUCUGGCAUGCGCGUUAUUAUUGUCGCGCGGUGUAUUUGUACAGUGUGUCUUUCUCUCCCCCCCCCCCCCCCGCCCCUCUCGCAGUGAUAUACCCAAAAGGUAUCUCGCGCUCACGCGUGCGUUUGUACAGAGUAGCCAACAUGAAUGUCUACCAAAUGCACUGGCGGUAACUGGGGAAGGGGGCGAUGAGGGGGGAGCUAUAUAAAUUAAUUUGGUAGAGCAGUGGAUUCUUACACAGAGGGUCCGUGUUUCGAAUCCCAUCAAUGGAGGUUGAUUUAUGUUAUUAUGCUUUUGUCACUUGUAUCACUCUUUCAUUCCCAUGUAAAAAGUUAAAUCAUGUUGAUUAUUGAUUUUUAUAUAAAAUUUUGCACGUGCGUGUUCAAUAGUUGCAUACAAUGUAAAGUAACGGCGUGUGUGUAUUUCGUGGUUUCUUUUCUUUUCUAAAUCUAAAAUUAGGUGGGGUUUUCUUCGUUAUUUUUAUUUAUUUAUUUAUGUUUUCUCUUCUUUUUUCUUUUUCUUUUUGCUUUUUUCGAUGAAAUACUGCUGUUUAAUGUAAUGCAGAAUCACUCUUCGUGAAACACUGUCAUUUCCUGGUCAAAAUAAUCGUGUUUGUGUGGUUUUAUUCACCGAUAUUUAUUUAUUGACCAUAUAUAAAAGGUCAGUAAAGAAUAAUAACAAAACGUCAAACGUCAUAAUUAUUUAGUCUAGACAAUUGCCCUGAUUGUUGUUAAUUUCCUUAUAAGUUAUAAAACCCUGACGAUUUUUAAGGACUUGAUGUCAUGGAUAUCGUGAUUGGUUGCUUUAUUUACAAAACGAGCAAGGGGCGACACGAUUGGCUGCUUCGAGAGUUUCGCAUUAUAUUACACGUCGAAAAAAAGGUGUUUCGUACUUUCGACAGCGCCAUGUUUACUUCUACAAAAGAGCGUGACAAAGUCCAGUGUGGAUAAACACAAAACACUAAGUCACACAACGGGAUGUUGAGUGAUAUUUCUGGAUUGUUAAUAGAAGCAGUAUAAUAUUUUUCUGUUUGUUAGCUAUAACUGGAUGGCAGUUUGCUUACGCGAUCAUUUUAUUGUGACUAUCGGUUAACGUGGGGUUUUAUAUUCCAGUUUGUUGAAAUGACCGAAUUUACUUCUUCUUUUUUUCAAUUUAAAUGGAUAUAUAUAUAUAUAUAUAUAUGUAUGUAUGUAUGUAUGUAUGUAUGUAUGUAUGUAUGUAUGUAUGUAUGUAUGUAUGUAUAUAUAUAUAU